GCCGCCGUGCGCUCGCACACAGCCACUCCGAGUGGCCGGCACUGUUAAAGUUUUGACGUGUUUUCGCGCAGCUGCCGGGUGUGGGUGGUUGGCUCUUUCGAAAUCCGUAAAGCGCGCGACGCGACGUAUAAAAAGUGCUCCUGCGUCGAGAGAGGGGGAGAACAUGGGCGCGCCCGUACCCGGCUGACGUUCCAUUCCCACUCCAUUCGUCGCCUCCUCUCUAGUGGAACCUGCGGCCAGAGUCGCCCGUUCCUGCAGCCAAAGCCGCCGCUGCGUGCGGAAGGGAGGCGCGCGGAAUGAUGGAGGCGGGCGGAGCGGAAGGGAGGCGGGCGGCGGGGAGGGUGGAGGCGAGCCCGGAGCGGGGCCGGCCCGCGUACGCGGCGGCGGCGAGGCCGGCGCCGGCGAGGCCCAUGAGGAGGGUGCAGAUCAUCUACUACCUCUGCAGGAACGGGCAGCUGGAGCACCCGCACUUCAUGGAGAUCGCGCAGCACCCGCACCAGCCCCUCCGGCUCAAAGAUGUGAUGGACAGGCUCACGCUGCUGCGGGGCAAAGGCAUGCCGGCUCUCUUCUCAUGGUCUUGCAAGAGGAACUACAAGAACGGGUACGUGUGGAACGACCUGUCGGAGAACGACGUGAUCUACCCGUCCGACGGCGUCGAGUACGUGCUCAAGGGCUCCGAGAUCUUCCCCGGCUGCUCUUCAGCGGAUCGGUUCCAGCACCUCCGCGUGACGGACAGGUCUCCGACCAAGCCCAUGGCGCUGCCCCACAGCCACAAGCAGUACGUGGACGCCUACCGGGACGCCGCCGCAGAGGAUCCGGAGGACGACGAGCUGGGCUACUCGUACCACCACCGCCGGGCCGGCGCGCACGCGGCGGGGGCGCGGCUCGCCCGGGCCGACAAGCCCGCCGCCGUCUCGGCCCGGACCAACCGGAGCCGCCCCGUGGAGCUCCCCGUCGAGGAGACCUCGCCGCCGUCCUCGACCUCCUCGGACAAACCGCCCGCGCUGGCGCCGCUGCAGCCGGGCCGGGCCGAGUACCCGGAGCCCGAGCCGAACCGCCCCGGCUCCGUGCUCCUGCAGCUGAUCGCGUGCGGGUCGGCGGCGGGGGCGGCGGGCGGCGGCUCGGGCAAUUGCCGCGCCGAGCCGAGGCGCAGCUGCGGGCUGGUGAGCCGGCUCUCGGCCCGCGCGGGCGCGGACGAGGAGGACGACGACGAGGACGCGGCGGCGGGGGGCGCCGACAUGGGCCGCCGGUUCGGGCACCUCGCCGUGCCGGACAAGGAGUACUUCAGCGGCAGCAUCGUGGAGGGCGCCGGCGGCCGCGGCACGCCGCUGCCGGCGUCGUCGCUCAAGCGGUCCAACUCGUACAAUGAGGAGAGGAGGCUUGGCGUUGGGAUCGGCGAGGAUGGAGCGGAUGAGCAGAUGGAAGGCGACGGAGGAGGGAUCAGGGGACGGUGCAUCCCCGGCAGGAAGAAGCAGCCGCCGCAGAAGUAGCAGACCAGAUCACCAGGACCAGACCGGCCGGAGGCCUUCCAUCAUCAGAUUUGCAGGAACUAAACAUGUCUAGCUAGCUCUUAUCUCUACCUGUGUGCAACACAAAGCUUGAUUUUGAACACUAGAUGGUGUGUUUAGCAUCUUUAGAUCUGUAGUGAUCAGGGCAUCGUCCUUUGCAGCUGUUAGUUUCAGAGAGCGAGAGAGUAGCAGUAAGCUAGCCGGUGGCCAAUUUCAUCAGUGUUGGUUUCGUUUC